AUGUAUGAUGGAACUAUACAAAUGGAUGACAUCGAUCAACUGAGCGGAAGCUAUUGGAAUUCAAAUUUAGAAACUGAUUACACUCGACAGAGCAAAACAAGAUAUUUCAGCCUGGAAGUUGGCGAUGUUAAAUUUUAUAUUGAUCCUAUUGAGAUGUCUAAAAAAUCACUCUAUUUCGAGCUCCUUACAACCAGUCAUCAUUUUGCGGAAGGAAUCCGCGGUAGCAGUCGUUUACACGACAAGAGUGAUGAAAUUGCAUGCAUGCUGCAAUCUAUAUGCCCUACAGUUUACAACAUAUAUCCACGAAUUAUUCGAGUACAAUCAAUUCCAGCACUUGCCCGUCUGGCUGAUAAAUACGAUUUGAAAACAUUGCAGCUUUGUUGCGAGUACUUUGCACUGAGAGCAAAUUUUCAAAAAUAUGGAAAUAAUGAUUUAGUUAAAUUACUUCAAACAGCAAUUACGUAUAAUUACGAAUUAAAACAUAACUUUAUGAAUAUACUCGGAGGUGUCUGUCACAGCUGUGGACAACAGAAAUCUUUUAAUCCCAUUAUUGAAAACUGCUGCUGUAUGUGGAUAUGUAAACUGUGUAAUUCAGUGUAUUGUUUGAAGUGUAAAUUGAUGCCAUGCAUGGUAGAAGUAGAAGAGCAUCUUAAAAAUGCAUUUGAAAAGUAUGAAAUAGAAGAAUUGAGAAAAGAAAUUGAAUCGGAAAUGAUUGAAAAAGAAGCUCAAUUACAGUGUUGGAAUAUUUCUGAAGCCACACGAAAUAUGUAA